UUAAAAUCUAGACAAGACAAAACGACCGACGAGCUGAAUUUCAUAUGACAUCAGUUUUUAUCUGCUUUAUGAGAUAAAUGCUAUCUUCAGUUCUUUGAAUAAUAAAAACCAUGCAAAACGGAGGCACAGAUUUUGAAUGUAGAAUAUGUUUCGAAAUAUUUCUAUAUCCUGUGUGCCUUCCGUGCAAACAUCGCUUUUGCAAGGCAUGCCUAGAUAAGCACAUAGACAACAACAACAUGUGCUGCCCAAUAUGCAGGUAUCGUGUUUCAAACUGGCUACGGCAAUUGCGGCGAAACAAUGCUGAUAUUGUCGACAAACCUUUCUGGGAGAAGGUGCAGAAAAUAUACCCUUUAGAAGCCAGGAAAAGAAUCAAUGGCAAAAUAGAUUAUGAAAGCUCCCUAAUUCACUAUUGGGAAAGACUUUCCUCUAUUAAUGAGACAGAAAAAAAACGUUCCACUACGGUCCACAAGGCACUCUUAGAUGCGGGGCAAAUAAGAAGAGAAUGGAAUGAAGACUGGCGUGGUUGGUCCGAACCAGUGUAUCAAAACUGUCGCAAUAUUCUGCGAAGUGUGAUUAACUACCCAAACAAUCAAAGCUCUUUACAGGAUAGUGAAAUUCCAAUAAGAAGACUGGCUAAGCCUGGAGAAAUACACAAAGAAUACGAGGAGUUCCUUCAAAAAGAAUCUGAAGAAAAAAGGAAAAAAGAUGAGGAAAACUUCAGGUUAAGUCAGCAUAUGAUAAAGAUGAUUGAGGAGGAUGAGAGGAGGGAAAUAGAAGAACGUUUACAGCAGGAGCGCCUAGACGAAGAGCUCGCAAAAAAAAUAGCGCAAGAGGCGCCAAGCACCGGAGAUACUGUAGAUAAGGAAAGAGCGAGCGUCCAAAAAACUCCAGGACGAAAGACUCGGGGAAGACAAAAGAUACUCCUGGACGAUGCGUCAUCUCCCUCAGGGUCUUGUACUCCCCAGAAAUCCUUCAGUCUAGAAAAAUGCCUUAAUACUCCAUCCACUUCCAAGGACGGUAGCUUGCCUUGUUUGGGUGCAACUCCGUCAACUUCCAAGGACAAUAUAUUUUCAAUGUUUCGGACUUCAACACCUCCAUCAAAACGUUCUAGUCAUACAUCAUCGCUUCACCAAGAACCCUCUACUUCAACAGAUUCUAAAACUUCUAUUUCCAACCAAGCGUUGAGCCAUUUUGCUCCUGUUCUGCCUGGGCCUUCAAAUGAUGCAAGAGAUAAGAAGAUGAAAGAAAUGCCAUCCACGUCCAGAUGUUCCAGUGGAAGUGAUAGUAUCGGACAAGAACUGAACCACUUCAAACCAAUCCGUACUUCUCCAACAACACCACCCAAGGCCGGCAGCAGGAGACUUUGGCCCCGAGUGGUAAUCCCAAAACUGGGCACCGAGUCAAAAAUCAACAUUUUGCCAUUGUCACAUCUGGACAUAUUAGCUGCUAAUGUUUCCUUGGAUGAAUUAGAAACCUCGAUAAAUCUAGAGAAGCAACUAGAAGAGGACCGAGAAUUUGCAAAGAAAAUUCAGAAACAGUUUGACCAAGAAAUGAAGAUGUCUGUUAAAACUGACUAUAAUCUUCGGAAAAGGAAGAGGCCGUCGGGAAACGCGAAGAAAAAGGUUUCUCUUGAUAGAAGCCAAACCACUCUUGACAAUCUUUUGAUAAAGUGAUCAAAUCAUCCUAGCAUGAUGAUAUCUCGUCAUGAUGCUGUCUUGUCAUGGAGUUACCAAAUUAGUUUUUUUACGUAAGACUGAAAAAUUUUUUUUAUUUAUAAAGUGAUUUUUUUUUUGUAUGACUAUGAUGUGAUUCAAUCUACCAAUUCUCCUCCUCAAUAUUUAAUUCUACAUGCCAUAUAUCAACUGUAAAAUUGUACUUAGUUGAAAUUCUCUAAAUUAAUUUAAAAUUGUUCCUGUUGUUAUUGUUAAUUUAAAAUGCUUAGGGAAUACAGUUUUCACUGAAUAGUCUGACACUCUCCGAAUUUGUCUUCUUUGAGGCAAACAAAAGUUAACUUUGUUUAUUUUAGUUUUCAUUUUGGUAAUCCAUUGCUAAGUUUACUAUUUUGUUUGCAACCCUUCCGGUUCGUAAGUGUCAGAUGUUUAGACUCAACUGUAUAGCACUGCUUUGUACAAUGUUGUACUGUAUACGUUAUUGAUUUAACACACACAUUUACAAGAUUACUUCAGUUGUUUCCUAUUGUUUUAAUAGUAAUAUAUUUUUAUUUUACUCUUUAUUAUUGGUGUGUUGAUUUGUAAUAUUUGUUAAAGCUAUUAUUUUUGUUCAUUUUUAUAGCAGUAAAAUAGUUAAGAUCAACGAUAUUUAUUUUAUUUUUGUCAAUAAUAAAACAUUGCUGCUUUGUGAUAAACCAGUGAAGCAUUCUGGGUCGUAAAGAUCCAGUUUACCAAUCAUAAAGUUUACAGUCCCCUUCCCAACCAAAAAUCCUAACCCUACAAUAGUGUCACAAGGAAAUCGAAUAUAGUCGUGAAUGGUCUGCAGUGAAGCCGAGUGUAGGGCCACUGGUCGUAAAUUCAGGAGCCAUAUUAAUUUAUAUAAUCUAACCUAACCAAACUUCUAUAUGCUGAUUAAGGCCAGAGGUGGCCGGUUCUCCGUUUCCUAGUAAAGCCAACAAGUUAGGCCUGGUUAAACUUAAUUUAAU